AUGCAGUCGUUUCUCGCCUCGUUCGCCGACCUCAAUUCGCCCGACCGCCGCGCCUUCCUCUACUCGGACCUCGACCCGCAUCAGCCCGAAAGCUACGCCGAGGCCUACGCCUUCUGGUCGACGCUCCUCCCGCUCGCCUGCAGCGCCCAACUUUCGCCCAACUGCGCCGGCCUCCUCUCGACGCCGCCGGGCGCCUCGGCGCUCAGCCUGGACACCGGUGCGCUGGCGCAGCGCCUCAGCUUCUGCGGGGACACCCCGUCGGGGCUGGACACGAUAGUCGCCGAGAUGCAGCGGCGCGGAGACCUGGUGUCGAUGUCGGAGUUUUUUGAGCCGCCGGCGGGUUUGCGCAGGAUCGCCGCGUGGGCCUUGCGCCGGGUGCUGGGCCCCAGAAUCUACCAGGCAGUGGCUGGCAGCAGCAGCAGCACCACCACCACCACCACCAGCAGCAGCAGCAGCAGCAGUGGCCGGCUGCCGCAGUGGAUGGUGGUGCCGCAGCUGGUCGAGGCCGCUAUGCGCCGCGUUAUGGACAUCCAGUAUGCGCGGCCCACCGGUGGCUCGCUAGCGGACAACCUGAUGAGCCUAGAAGAGUUCCGCCUUCGCUUUGCGCCAAUGACCGCGCUGGACGCCGAUAUUCUGAUCAAGCGGCUGCGUGACCUCCACUACAUUACCACCGCCACUAUACAUGGAGGAGGGUCGCCGAAUAUACUUAUAAAAUUCGCCGCACACCGGCAUGCCCAAGCCGUUGCCGUGAGUGAAGCUGACCGUGGCGUCUACCAGGUAUCGAGUACCCAGCGGAUGCUCUCCCAGCAGGUUGAUCAACUGCAGGAGCGCGUAGACCAGCUGGACCUACAGGUGCGCCAAUCGCUCGCCCGCAACCACCGCAACCUGGCCUUAUCCAACUUGCGCCUGCGGCGACACAUUGUUGGAGAUAUUCUGCCGAAACGUCUGGAUUCAUUGCAUAAUGUGGAGCGCGUGCUGCUGCAGUUGGAGCAGACUCAUUCGGAUGCACAGAUUUUGACCGCUUUUGAGGCUGGAACCAGGGCUUUGAGGGGGUUGAAUCAGGAGAUGCACGUGGGGGACGUGGAGGAAGUGUUUGCUGAGUGGGCGCAGGAGUCGUUGCACGCUAAGGAGGUUGAGGAUGCACUGGCUGAUGGCCGCUUGGGUAUGGAUGCGGAUGCGGAUGCGGAUGCUGCUGGUGCUGGUGCUGUGGAUGAUGAUGAGCUGGAGAAUGAGCUGGAGGCAUUGAUGGCGAGCGAGAGGGAGACUGAUGAGCUGGCUGAUGCCCUUGGCGCAGUCUCCAUAUCGUCGUCUACGAGAAAGAGUCCUGCGAAAGGAACCAAAGUGCAUGUGGAAUCGAAUAACCAUGGAGCUGCUUUAUCAGACGACAACGGUGACGCGGAGAACGAAGAGAGCAAACAGGGUAUUCAAAAAGUCGCUGUUCCCGCAGAGUAG